AUGCGCCUGUUUCUUGUGAUCUUCAUAUUCAUCGCCGGAACAAUUGCCCCUGUGAAUCCAUCACGCUUUUUCAUAAGAGGCACCGUCAAAUGUCAAGAUGCGCCUCCGUGGUGCUACACCAUCCAAUUACUGGAAUUAGAUUCCGCUUUCAAUGAUGUACUUGCUAGUCUCUCGGCUUGCGAACUCACGAACCCCAAUCAGGAAUUCCUCAUCGAAAGUUGGCAGCCUUGGGACGGACCACUUGAUUGGCAUUUUGAACUCGAAUUAUCAAUAAAACACGACUGCGGCAUCGAGAUUACCGAAGAGAAGCAAUCAAUGAAAUUGUCGUUUGGACAAUUUUAUAGAUUGAAACCAUACUUUGAUAAAAAAGUCGAAAUCGACUUCAACAAGAACACUGCAAAAGUUAUCGAAAUUUGGGAUCCGAAAUAUUGGAGUGACUGA